AUGAGGAUUGCCAAAACGCUCCUCUCGUUGGCCCUCGUGGCCAAUGCGGCCGUGGCUAGCUCGUGGUUUUCCAACGCGGCCUACAACAAAUGGCACGAGACGGAGUUAGAGCGGUGGUUGUCCGACCACGAUGUGCCCUACCCCACGCCCGCCGACCGCAAAGACCUGGAGAAGCUCGUACAAACGAACUGGGACCAGAACAUUGUCGAGCCCUACCGCGCUUGGGACACCGAGAAGCUCACCAGCUUCCUGAAGCAGAAAGGCGUUGAGUCCAAGGACUCGGCCGAGGAGACCCGCGACUCGCUCCUCGCCCGCGUCAAGGGCUCCUGGUACGAGUCGGAGGAGAAGGCCCAGGAUGCGUGGGCCAAUGUCAAGGAUUGGAUUCUGGAUACCUGGACUGAUAGCCAGCUCAAGGCGUUUGCCGAUCGUCAUGGGAUUCCGGUUCCGCAGCCACGUAAGCGGGAUACGCUGCUUCAGAAGAUCCGCGAGAGAUAUGAGACCGUUGCUCAGAAGGCCGGCGAGGCGGCUGCGUACCCUGGCAACUGGCUGUAUGAGACCUGGACUGAAUCCGACCUGAAGGAGUGGCUCGACACUCAUGGUUUCCCGGCCCCCCAGCCCACUUCUCGCGAUAAACUUGUGGCCGCAGUGCGCCGCAACUCUCGGCUUGCCUAUCUGCGGCUACAAGAGCAGGCCGAGUGGUCCAGGAAGAGCACCGAAGAGGCCUACGCCUCGCUGACCGAUAAGCUCAUCGACUCGUGGGGCGAGUCGCAGCUCAAGGAGUUCUGUGACAAGAACGGCAUUAAUGUUCCCCAAGGCACCAAGCUCAACCAGCUCCGCAAGCUCGUCCGCAAGCACCGCGCUGAGCUCCUCGGUGAUACCAUUUCUGGCACUGCAGCCUCAGCCUUUGGUGCCGCCACGUCCAACAUCAACCAGGCUGCUGCCAAAGCGACGGACACCGCUUCUCAGGCUGUCCAGGACGCUUUUGACAAGGCCAUCAACACCUGGUCUGACACCCGUCUUAAGGGCUACCUCGAUGCCCGUGGCGUUCCCGUUCCCCAAGGCACCAAAACCAACGAGCUCCGCGCCCUAGUCCGCAAGCACUCUUAUAAGGCAGCCUCCGGAUGGACCGCCUGGACCUGGGACGACCUCAGCAUCGAAAACCUCCGCAGCUACCUCGCCUCUAGCGGCAACGCCGCCGCCAAGAAGGUCGCCGACAAAUCCACCGCAACCCGCGAUGAACUCGUCGCAGCCGCCCAGUCCGCAUACGCCUCAGCUUCAACCGCCGGCGGCGGUUCCUACGCCUCGGCCACCUCGUUCCUCUCUAAAGCUACCGACACGGCUAAGGCUAACGUCUUCGAGACCUGGAGCGAGAGCGACCUCAAGUCGUAUCUGGACAGCUACGGCGUUCCCGCGCCGCAAGGGUCGACGCUCAACGAGCUCCGUGCCCUCGCCCGCCGCCAGUACACGUACUACAAGUAUGGCACGACCACCCCCGCCGAGACGCUCUAUGCGAAGGUCCGGGAGAAUGUGCUGGACGGCUGGGACUGGGUUGCCAGCCAGCUGCGGAUCGGGUCGGAUGCGGCCAAGAAGAAGGCCGGUGAGGUCGAGGCGGAGGCACAGAAGAAGGGGCAGAAGAUGCAUAAGGAGCUCUAA